GACACAUAACUCAUUUGCAAUAUUCUUCAAAUUAAAAAACUUAGAUAUACAAUGUGUCGCGUUUAGGUGCCGCGCUUUAGGCGUAAAUGCGAUUUCAGGAACAAUCUUGGCUGGAGCCGGUGGAGCUCAAAUUCUCCAAACGAUUUGAUCCGUACGAGAAAAACAGCAAACCGGCAAGAUGAUGGUGGAUCUCAGCUCCUUCUCGGAGGAGAAAUUCGACCCUAAAAAAUGGAUCAACGGCGCCGUUCAGCAGCGGCACCCGCAGGAUCCCGUCGAGAAGCAUCUCGUCGAUCUGGAGAUGAAGCUGCAGAUGGUGUCCGAGGAGAUCGCCGCCUCUCUCGAGGAGCAGAGCUCCGCUGCGCUCCUCCGCGUCCCCCGCGCCUCCCGCGACGUCCUCCGCCUCCGUGACGACGCGCUCUCCCUCCGCUCAUCCGUCGCCAGCAUACUGAUCUCGCUCAAGAAGGCUGAGGGAUCCUCUGCAGAGUCAAUUACUGCCCUUGCUAAAAUUGAUACAGUCAAGCGGCGGAUGGAAGCUGCAUAUGAGACAUUGCAGGAUGCUGCUGGAUUAACGCAACUAAGCUCGACUGUGGAGGAUGUGUUUGCCAGUGGCGAUCUCUCACGUGCUGCAGAAACGUUGGCUAACAUGAGACAUUGUCUUACUGCUGUUGGGGAGGUUGCUGAAUUUGCUAAUAUAAGGAAACAACUUGAAGUUUUGGAAGAUAGACUGGACUCAAUGGUUCAGCCUCGUCUCACAGAUGCAUUGAACAAUAAAAAGGCUAAUGUCGCUCAAGAAAUGCGGGGAAUCCUCAUUAGAAUUGGGAGAUUUAAGUCGUUAGAGAAUUGCUACUCGAAAGUCCACCUCAGACCCAUAAAGAAGCUAUGGGAAGAUUUUGACUUAAGGCAACAGUCCAGUAAACUUGCAAAUGAGAAGAAUGAAGUGGAACAGUUCUCACGUAGUAUGGAUUCACAAUUAAAUGAGCCAACACUAUCUUUCGCACGAUGGUUGCCAAGUUUCUAUGACGAGUUGCUACUUUAUCUUGAGCAAGAGUGGAAGUGGUGCAUUCUUGCAUUCCCUGAAGAUUACAAAACUCUUGUUCCUAAAUUGUUGACUGAGACAAUGGCAUCCAUCUGUACAAGUUUUGUAUCUCGCGUUAAUCUAGCUACUGGAAAUGUUGUUCCUGAGACUAAAGCAUUGGCAAAAGGUGUAUUAGACAUCUUAUCUGGUGAUUUACCCAAAGGUGUCAAAAUUCAUACAAAACAUUUAGAGGCUCUGAUAGAACUACAUAAUUUGACUGGGAGUUUUGCCAGGAAUAUCCAACAUUUAUUUUCAGAUUCAAAUCAGCAUGUGUUAUUGGAUACACUGAAGGCGGUGUACUUGCCAUAUGAAACUUUCAAACAAAGAUAUGGGCAAAUGGAGCGUGGUGUGCUGUCCGGGGGGAUUGCUGGUCUUGAUCUUAGGGGAGUUAGUACUCGCAUUAUUGGUGUCCAGGGAGUUGAACUCAGUGAAACAGUGAGAAGAAUGGAAGAGUCCAUCCCACUAGUCAUUCUACUUCUUGAAGCUGCCACAGAAAGAUGCAUUAACUUUACUGGUGGUUCUGAGUUAGAUGAACUAAUCCUAGCCCUAGACGAUGUAACAUUGCAAUACAUCACGAUCCUUCAGGGAAAUCUGAAAGCAUUAAGAGCAGUGUGUGGAGUGGAUGUAGCUGUGGAUAACGUUGUAGGAAAGAAGGAAACUGGUUCAGACAGGAAAGAUGCAGCUUCGCAUGCGCGUAAAGUUGAUUUUAGUUCCAAUGAGGAGGAAUGGUCUUUUGUUCAGGGUGCUUUACAGAUUCUCACCGUUGCAGAUGGCCUGACAAGCCGAAUUUCAGUUUUUGAAGCUUCCUUGAAGUCCACGCUUACUCGACUGAGCACUAAUCUGUCUUUUUCCAUGUAUGGUUCAAAUCUUGACCAGAACCAAUCACAUUUGGAUGAUAAUGAUGGAACUGGGGGAUCUUCAACAGCAGGAAAAGCUUCCUUGGAUGUUGCAGCUCUCCGGCUUGUUGAUGUCCCCGAAAAGGCUCGGAAAUUAUUUAGCCUCUUAGAGCAGUCAAAAGAUCCCCGAUUCCACGCCCUUCCACUGGCUUCUCAAAGAGUAGCAGCAUUUUCAGAGGCAGUCAACGAGCUAGUCUACGACGUACUCAUACUAAAAGUGAGACAACACUUCAAUGAUCUGUCUCAUCUACCGAUAUGGUCUUCUGUUGAAGAGCCGAGCGCUUUCCCCGUUCCAAGCUUUAGCGCCUACCCUCAGUCUUACGUGAACAAUGUCGGUGAGUACCUUCUCACUCUACCCCAACAAUUGGAGCCCCUUGCUGAGGGUAUUUCCAACAGCGACGCCAAUGCUGAGGAGGCACAAUUUUUUGCAACCGAAUGGAUGUUCAAGGUUGGUGAGGGAGCUGCUGCUCUUUAUAUAGAGCAGUUGCGCGGGAUCCAGAAGAUAACAGAUCGCGGAGCGCAGCAGCUAUCCGUGGAUAUCGAGUACUUGAGCAACGUGCUGUCAGCUCUAUCGAUGCCCACGCCCCCUGUUCUUGCCACAUUUCACACAUGCUUCUCAACACCAAGGGAUCAGCUCAAGGAUCUCGUCAAAUCGGAUUCAGGUAAUCAGCUAGAUCUUCCCACAGCUAACCUCGUGUGUAAGAUGCGGGGCGUCAGACUUGAUUAGGGGCCCCAUCGUCGUCAGAAUUCGUCUCGCCUGAAGCUGCUACCUCCCGAUACAUUUGUUCGUAUGUAUUGAUGAAAUGAAAUACGAGACUGUAAAAAUGCCAAUAUUGGAAUAGCUCUGACAAAAAUAAUUUUUUUGUUGUUGUUGAGAUAACUCAUUGAUAUGAUGGAGAAAAGGGUAAUUCAAAGGUUUAUAAAUUUGUUA